AUGGACUCACUGAGUAAUGUCCUGCCAUUUGAAGCGGAACUUUCCAGUAAUCAGCCAGUUCCAGAAACACCACCAGAGGGACCCGCACAGCCACCAAGCCUGACUCAGAGCGUUCCCUUGGCAGUUGUCACCAGUGCAGCCAUGCUACAACCGCCUUCACUCCAACCAUCUCUGCGAUCACCGCUAUCCACCAUUGAUCAGAACGCCCCAUUUGUGCAGCGCAGAUACAGCAGUCAUGGCCCCACAGAUGAUCACCGGCGAAAGGUUGAAUCAAUAGUUUCCUUUGGAAGUAACAUUAUUACAACGGCUAUGGCCUGCGUAGAUGUCCUGUUUACAGACGAAGAAUUGGCUAACGGCAACACUUCUGGGUCUAAUGGCUAUCGGCAGUUGGAUGAGUUAAAGCUCCUUUUUCUAGAGUCGACGCUCCUUCGGAAAUUUGAAAAAACAAAAAUUACUUUGAGUUAG